UUUCGGAUGGUGGUGGUUUGGUUCCCAUGGUUCAUACAAAAGUUAAACAGAUCAUUGUCCGGGAGGGAAACUGUGCUUUAAUUGACUGUAAUAUCACUGGUGAUCCUUUUCCAAAGGUCCAGUGGUUUAACUCGCAUGGACACCUGCUUGACACCUGAGAACAAUGAUAAAUGGUGGAUUCUGGACAAUGGCAUCCUUAACAUCACUGACAUCACGUUUGCAGACCGUGGUAAAUAUACUUGUAUGGCAUUCAAUAAUUACGGCAAAGCUAAUUGCACAGUGACACUCCGCGUAGUCUUCACUAAUGGGGAUAUGGGUGUCUACUACAUGGUGGUGUGUCUAGUGACAUUCACUAUCAUAAUGAUAUUAAACAUCACACGCCUCUGCAUGAUGAGCAGCCAUCUUAAGAAAACCGAGAAGGCCAUCAAUGAGUUUUUCCGUACGGAAGGUGCAGAAAAGCUUCAGAAGGCGUUUGAAAUUGCAAAGCGUAUUCCAAUCAUUACCUCGACAAAAACACUGGAACUGGCCAAGGUCACACAAUUCAAGACCAUGGAGUUUGCACGUUAUAUAGAGGAGUUAGCACGCAGCAUUCCACUUCCACCGCUAAUCAUGAACUGCCGCACAUUCAUGGAGGAGAUUCUUGAGGUGGUUGGGGUUGAAGAAAUGAGACACACCUUUGUCCGACAAGCGCCCGAGAGUCAAGGUGCUUGUGGAACUGGGCCGGCAGCUGAAAACUCGGCUGACGUUUUCACCAUCUUGGAAGAAAGAGAGCGAGCAAGAAACAGGGAAAGGAGCGAAUCGCCCGCUAUGGACUCGGACGACGCGUCGCUUAACGAGCAGCCUCAGCACAUAGCCAUUCAGGUGUCCAUUCAUCCACAGUUAACUACAGCAGGAUGCAGUGUGGAAGCUCCGCCUUCUUCUGAAAUGGUCACCUCUCCCUUAUUGGCUCAGGUGCCUUUGGAAGCAGAGUUGAAUGAGAAGGAAAAAGAAGAGUCAGUAGAAGGGGGUGGUGCUACACAGACGACCCAAGUCAUCUAUGAAAGCCAUGUGUAAUAUUUAAAUCAAAUCGAUAAUGACCUCGCUAUGCAUUUAUUGGGGGAAAAGGAUCAAGGGUUUUUGCUCUAAAUGGAAAACGUUUCUUCUGUUAGACAGCUUGAGGAAAAACAAGAAACUGCAAUUGUGUUGAGUUCUCUUAUUAGUUAUAAUGUAUUAAAAUGUCUUUUUCAUAUUUCACACACACAAUAUAUUUUUCAUUAAAAUUAACAUUUAGCAUUCAUUUCAGUUUAAUCAAUUACACUGUGUGCAUAAUUAUUAUGCAAGUCACAUGUUUCCCAAGCACAUUUAACCGAUUCCAAAGGACCACUAAUUGUGUAUAUAAACACUUAUAAAUAUUGCUAAUGAUUGGUGGAAGUGAAACACACGUUAUGUUCAGGUGCAUAAUUAUUAUGCUGGUUAUUUAUCUUGUACAUCUGGAAACUCCAGGUAGGUUGCAGUUUUGGAAAACUGUGGCACCGGAGACUACAGGAUUUUACAACAUUUUUUUUCUCUUAUUUAAAUAUUUAGCAGAUAAUAUCUUUACUUUUCAUCCUAUUUUUGUGACCCUGCAUGUAGCCCCAAUCAGCAUUCCUUGUAUGAUGGUCACGCCUCAAUUUUGCAAUUACUACAGCAUCGAGUCUUUCUCAUGGACAUUUAAUAAUGAAUUUUCUGUGCGAGAUAAACCUUAUUCUUUUACCCAUUUUAUCUGUUAAAGAACACCUGCAUAAUAAUUAUACACAUUUGAAUAUAACGUGUUUCAAAUUCACACCUCCAGCCACUUAUUAACAAAAACAUAUCACUUACAAAUGGUUAUAUACAAAAUUAAUGGUAAUUAUUAAGGUUGAUGUGGUUUGGAAUUGCUUAAAUGUAUGUGGAACUUACUUAUUAAAUUGCAUAAUAAGUAUGUGUAUAUUUAAGUUUACCUUGUGAAGCAUGUAAUUACUGUAAUAAGGGUACAAUUAUUUGUGCAUUACUGUAGAAUUGAAUUAAGAAUCAGAGAGUGCAUUUAAAUGUGCUUGAUUGUCAUGAAAAUGUAGCGAUUAGAAAAAAAUCUUUAAAAAAUAUACUGUAAAAAUGUUUUGUGUGUAUGUGAAAUGUGACUCGGACAUUAUUUUUCUUCUAGAAAAUGUAUCCAAAUAUUUGUGCUGAAUGUAUUUUGGGCAAAAUGCUUUAUUCAUUAAGAAAAUGUAAUUUUUCUCAAUACUUCUCUGUGAUUAAGUGAUAACUAGGGGUGUUGAAAGAUACAAACACGUUGUUUUAAGAUAACAGAAUCAGUUCUGCUCUUGGAUGUAGUUCCAGGUUACAUAUUUCAUAAAUGAAUGAUAAUGAAUGACUGAUUAAAUUUUGGCUGAAAAGUUUAAACAGUUUGAGGUUGUGGUGCAUUUCAACCACAUCUUUCUUUCAAUAUUUCAGAAGUCAGGUGCAAAGUUAGUCAUACAAACCUAAAGAUGUCUUCUCCAAAAUGGAAUAAAGAAUGCAUGUUGGUUGUUUUCAAUGCUGUAAUUAGGCAAAAAUCCUAACGUGUGAUCCUCAUUCUGUUUUCAGCUAUGUUCAUCAUUUUCAUUGCAAUGGCCAGGAUAAACAUUGCUAACACUUUUUGAAUUUAUUGCUGUGUUUUAGUUUGAAUUUUUUUCCACUGGAGUCCUUUUAUUGUUACAGUAAUUCUUAAUAGUAUUAUUAUUUUAACUAGGAUUAUAGUAAGUGUUUCUUUAAAUUACAAAGGCAAAGAUGUAGUCUUUCUUUCAUCUUGGCUUGUAACAAUAAGCUACAUAUGUGUUUGUUGGAACUGGAAUUUCAGAUUUCAGGAAUACGACCUAUAUUAAUGUUUAAUCUCUGGUAAUAGUUUAGACAUGCAGGGCGUAAAUUCAACCAGUUGCUUCUAAACAAGGCACAGCUUUUAGUUUUAGAAAAAACAUAGAGAUGACAAAGUUAUAUUAAAUCUAAUCUAUCAUUGUAGGAUAGAAUCUAUCAGUGUAGGUAGAUUGUAAGAUUGGGGUCUAAAUCCAGAGUACCAGUUUACUGUACCGGUAAUUCUAGUUAAUUCUAACAGGUUAAGAACUAGUGAUUGAGAUAUGUCCUGGUCAGGAUUGUAAGGAAUAAAGGCCAUUGUACUUUUUCAGAAUGCUGUUUUUUUAAAGAAAUAAAAAAGGCUUGUGUAUCCA